AUUAGUAAUUCGAUCUUGUAAAAUCUCUAUGAAAAUGAUGGAUUACUCAGACUGUAUACAAAAAUUGUGUAUAUAACUUGCUAAGAGCAUAGAACAAGCACACACAAACACACAAUAAAAAAGAUGGAAGAUACACAAAGAGAGCCUAUUUUGGAAGAGAAAGGAGAGGAACGUGCCAAAGUGGAAGUGUGGAAUUAUGUGCUUGGGUUUUCAAAAAUUGCAGUGGUAAAAUGUGCCAUUGAGCUUGGAAUAGCUGAUGCUAUUGAAAGCCAUGGAAGCCCCAUGACACUCUUAGAGCUAUCGACAACUCUUAAGUGCGAUCCUUCUUCCCUUUACCGCAUCAUGAGGUUCCUAGUUCACCAGAAAAUAUUCAAAGAAGUCCAACCCAAAAUCCCAUCAGGCCCCAAAAUUUAUGCUCAAUCACCUUUGUCCCGCUGCCUGCUAAAAUCCGGUGAACCUAGCAUGGCUGCAUUGAUUUUGCUGGAGAGUAGUCCGGUAAUGCUAGCAUCAUGGCAUGGCCUUAGUGCCCGUAUUCUAGGCAAUGGCACCAGUACUCCCGCAUUUAAGGCAGUACAUGGUGAGGAUUUAUGGAGCUUUGCAGCGGCUAAUCCCGGUCACAGCAAGCUUAUCAAUGAAGCAAUGGCUUGUGAUGCAAGCUUGGCACUGCCUGCACUGAUUGAGAGUUGUUUAGAGGUUUUCAAUGGGAUUGAGACCAUAGUAGAUGUGGGUGGUGGUAAUGGAACUACUUUAGGCAUGUUGGUUAAGGCCUGUCCUUGGAUUACUCGAGGGAUCAAUUUUGAUCUUCCUCAUGUUGUAUCUGUUGCUGAGGAGAGUGAUCGAGUGGAGAAUGUUGGAGGAGACAUGUUUGAUCGUAUUCCAAAGGCCGAUGCUGCAAUUAUCAAAUGGGUUCUUCAUGAUUGGGGAGAUGAGGAGUGUAUCCGUAUACUGAAGAAAUGUAAGGAAGCAAUUCCUGAGGACAAAGGGAAGGUGAUAAUUCUGGAAGCUGUUAUUGAAGAAGAUGAGAUCAAAGACGAGCUAACCAAUGUGAGAUUGAUGCUAGACAUGGUGAUGAUGGCUCAUACUAGCACUGGCAAAGAGAGGACCUUCACUACUAGCAAAACAACAAUUACCCACGGAUUUUAAUCUGUGGGUAAUAAGACUUUUACACACGGAUAUCAGUGUGUGAUAGCCUUUACACACAGUGCACGCACAGAUUGGUGUUACUGUGCGGUUUGGAGGGGGGUAAUGCUCAUCUCACACGGAUUAUGUUGUCCGUGUGAAAUACUAACGUGGGCCCCACUAUAAUUCCAUAAAUCUAAAUUACCGGAAUGGAACGCAAUCCGUGAGAACAACUCUAUUUCACACGAAUUUCUGUGGCAAAUGUUUACCUAUCUCACACGGAUUUCUGUGUCAAAUAUGUACUCAUCUCACACGGAUUAUUUUGUCCGUGUGAAUAUUAGAUGUGGGCCCCACUAUCUUUCCAUGAAUAUAAAUUACCGUAAUGAAAUACAAUCCGUGUGAAUAACUUCCUAUCUCACACGGAUUUCUGUGUCAAAUAUGUACCUAUCUCACACGGAUUUCUGUGUCAAAUUCUUUUACCCUAACUCUCA